AUUCAUCCACAACCUCCUACGCCCCAAUUCUUAUGUGAUGGAUAGAAUGCAAUUCUCGACGUUCUGAGUCUCUCUUUGCGUUCUGUGCCUAUGACUAGCAUAACCACUACUACCUCAACCUUAUCCUUUUCAUGUUCUACUAAAGUGAACAUCUUUCCCAUUUCUAUCCCUUUUCGCUCAAGAAUUCAUGUGCCCCGGAAAGGAAUCUUAACAUCUAUUAUCACUCUUAACCGGAAGUUGCCUAAACAAAAUGGGUCAAGUUUUGGUAUAUUCAGUUCACUCAAGGACUCUUCUGUAGAAGAUGCCCCAAACAUCAGUCCAUCCCAGAUUCAGGUCAAAACCAGUGUGUGGAAGUGGAAAGGUCACUCGAUCCGCUAUCAAUAUUCUGGGAGCACUGGUCCAGCUCUUGUUUUACUCCACGGUUUUGGAGCAAACAGGUCAACAUUGCUUCUAGUAAACUGUUUGAUAUAGUGACCAUUGGAGGAAAAACCUUCCUGUUCUAGCACAAGCACACCGAGUGUUCUCUAUUGAUCUUAUUGGUUAUGGUUACUCAGACAAACCAAAUCCGUGUGAAUUUGUUGAUCCUUUCUACACCUUUGAGACAUGGGCUAGCCAGCUUAAUGACUUCUGCAAUGAUGUUGUCAGUGACAAAGCCUUCUUUAUCUGCAACUCCAUUGGAGGGAUUGUUGGUCUUCAAGCUGCAGUGUUGGAACCUGGUAUAUGUAAAGGUGUUGUUGUUUUAAAUAUAUCCCUCCGUAUGCUGCAUGUAAAGAAGCAACCUUGGUAUGGAAGGCCGUUCAUUAGAUCCUUCCAGAGCUUGCUGAGGAAUACAGAAAUUGGCAAACUCUUCUUUAAAGCUGUUGCCACACCCAAAUCAGUGAGAAGUAUCCUUUGUCAGUGCUACCAUGACACAUCCCAGGUGACGAAUGAGUUAGUAGAAGCCAUCCUUCGUCCAGGACUUGAGCCUGGUGCUGCAGAUGUCUUUCUUGAGUUCAUAUGCUACUCUGGAGGGCCUCUUGCUGAAGAACUACUGCCUCAAGUAAAGUGCCCUGUUUUAGUCGCUUGGGGAGACAAGGAUCCAUGGGAGCCAUUAGAGCUUGGAAGAGCAUACAGUAAAUUUAAUACAGUUGAAGAUUUCGUUGUCCUCCCUGAUGUUGGCCACUGUCCUCAGGAUGAGGCUCCCCAUCUUGUAAACCCGCUAGUUGAGAGUUUUGUGUCCCGUCAUGCUGCAAGUUAAGAGUCAAGAUCAAAGAAAAGAAGAAAUCCUUGAUUAAUGUUUGUGCAAGUCUUGCCAUGCCUUCUGCUUCAAGCAUUAUGUGUGCAAACAGGGAGAAUUCCCCAAUUGUGCAUGUCUCUCACUGUAGUUGAAGUUACAUUGUCCUUCCUGUAUGUUACCAAAUUAAAUGUUAAUGAAACACAGUGAUGAAUGUAAAAACAUAUUCAAUCUUGAAUCAGUUAUCAGAUAUCAAACUGAUUCCCACUUUUUAAAAGUUAUAUUUUCCAUGAGUAACUAUGCACCUAGUUACUAGCAAAUAAAAGACCGGUGCUUGUGGUUA